UGUUUGUCUAAUUUAGUGCUUCUUACAAGUUUACUAAAAGAAGAAAAGAGAUGAGGUUUUCGUUCUUACAAGUCUUUCCUUAAUCAUUUCUCUAUUUAUAUCCUCUCUCUAGUGGCUGUGAACUCGAAAGGCAUAAGAUAAAAAUAGAAAAACAGAAAAAAGAUGUCCUCAUCUUUGUCUUCUUAGGGUUUCUGAUCCUUUCCCUUUGAGUCUUACUUACCAAAUUUCCUUUCUUUAUUUUUCUUCUUCCAUUUUUCAGAUCUGAAACACCCAUUAAUAGAUUGUUGUCUUGUUUUCUUCCUGUUGUAUAAAUCAAUUCUUAUCUUCUGCAAAAAAAAAAAAAAAAAAAAAAAAAAAAAGGAACCUUUCUUUUAAUUUGCAGAAAUUUCUCAUGGGAUGCUAGGAUUUCUUGAAUAUUAUUUUGUAUUUAAUCUGAAAGUUGAUACCCUCUAACAUUUUAAAAUAUCUGCAAUUUUCACUAGUUUUUUUCCUUUCAUAUUUAUUCUUCUUCCACCCGAUCGAGCUUUUUGAGAAGAAGAAGAAGUAUUAAAAAGUGAAAAAUACAAGGUGAAUAAUGGUGAGAGGAAAAACUGAGCUGAAAAGGAUUGAAAAUGCAACAAGUAGGCAAGUGACCUUCUCAAAAAGAAGAAGUGGGCUUCUUAAGAAAGCAUUUGAACUUUCAGUUCUAUGUGAUGCAGAAGUUGCCCUUGUUGUUUUCUCUCCAAAAGGAAAGCUUUAUGAAUUCUCAAGCUCCAGUACUAACAAGACCAUAGAACGAUAUCAGAAGAAUAACAAAUAUCUUGGACUCAACAUAUCAAAGAUAGCUGAUAUACAAACUACUGAGCAUUUGAAAGAGGAGGUUGCAACAAUGACUAGAAAGCUCGAGUUUCUUGAAGAUUCUAAAAGAAAGCUUUUGGGACAAGGUUUAGAUUCUUCCUCCUUUGAUGAACUUCAACAGGUAGAAGAACAGUUGGAACGAAGUUUAAGCUGCAUUAGGGCAAGAAAGAACCUGUUACUGAGGGAACAGAUUGCUCACCUAAAGGAAGAGGAAAAAAUCCUAAUGAAGCAAAAUGCAGACUUGAGGAAAAGGAUUGAGGUGCUACCGUUGUCUUUGACAAUAGUACCUCGAGAAGAGGAGGACUCUCAAAGACAAACAAUGGAAAUAGAGACAGAGCUAUCUAUUGGACUUCCUCAAAGACAAAGCUCCCAUUAAUUUUUCUCAACUGUGAAAAUAAUUGCAUUACUUCAAGCUUUUUACCACUGUAAUUAAUUUCUAGAGUUUAGUAACAAAUAAACUACAGUCGUUAUGGUUAUCUUUUUCUUCUUUUCUUUCUUAUCAGUUGUGCAUUAAUAAUCAUCAAAAUGAUGCAAAUGAUAGUUCUACCUAGCGAAAUGUAUAUACACUUAUUUUAUUUUUAUUUUUUCUUCCGUUGCUU